CAGCUGACAGUUGGCCAACAGCCCACCUGCCUGGCACUCUCAGAAGGCAGAGCCUACACUCUGGUAACACUUGACCUCCCUGGGUCUGAAUGCCAGCCAAGGGCCACCUGAAGAUGGCUUUGGUUUAGUCCCCGCCUUGCCCCCUCCUCUCCUGCUGGCCUGGCAGAUCCAGAAGCAUGGCAGGGAAUUAACAGCUGGCUGUCUUGAGUUUCAGAGUUGGCUUCUUACAGUGACAGCCACAGCCCUGGCAGCAUGCAACCCCAGGAAAGCAGCGUCCACUACAGUAGGUGGGAUGAUGGCAGCAGGGAUGAAGUCAGCAUGACAGCGGCGUCCAGCAUCGAGGAGACUUCCUGGAGGAGGAUCUGCAGAAAACUGUGCACGGGCAAGCUGGGCAUCGCCAUGAAGGUGCUGGGUGGAGUGGCCCUCUUCUGGGCCAUCUUCAUUCUGGGCUAUGUCACCGGCUACUACGUGCACAAGUGCAAAUAAACGCUGCCCGACUCACACAUUUGUGACUAACCACAUGC